UUUGCAGAGUUAAAAAUGAUCAUCAGAACAGGGGUUGUAAAUGGACUACGAUUAUCUCUUAAAUUUUCCUUCAAAUCAUAUACGACCCAGCAGGGAUUUAUAUUUAGUAAAUCUUUUCCAGACUCACUAAAACAGGAGUUCGAGUCCAGUUUCCUUAUUUACGAGAACUUUGUUAGUCUUACGGAAGAAGAGAAUCUAAUGGCUGAAUUCGAACCACAUUUGAAAAGACAUCUUUAUGAAAAAGAUCAUUGGGAUAACGCAAUUUCUGGAUUCAGAGAGACCGAGAAAAAAUUAUUUGAUAAAAGGAAUUCUCCGAUUAUACAAAGAAUACGAGAUAUCAGUUUUCCUUCUUCAGGUAAAGAAAGUAAAAUCCUCCCGUAUACCCAUAUACUUGAUCUGGCAGAAGAUGGAUUUAUUAAACCUCACGUUGACAGUAUCAGGUUCUGUGGAGACCGUGUAGCUGUAGUUUCCCUUCUCUCCUCUAGUAUUGGAAGGUUUGCACUAGAGAAGGAUUCAAGUAUAUCUGUAGUUGUUCUUAUUCCCAGACGAUCUCUUUACAUUAUGAAGGGACUUUCACGUUACGAGUUCACACAUGAAAUAUUGAAAAAUCAGGAGUCUUUUCUGGAUGGAAAGUUCGUGGAAAAAUCAAGAAGAAUAUCAAUCAUUUGUCGGAAUGAACCUUAAUCAAAUAGGUUCGAUCAAAAGAAAAUUCAAGAAGAUUAACAAGAAACUUGCUUUAAUACAGGAGACGGAUAGGCGAUAUUUUUUGGAGUAAACUUGAAAAUAAAAAUAUUUUUCUACA